AACGGCGUCCGGUUGUCUAUUGAUGUGGGACCAAUGUGCGCAAGUUUUUUGCCGUCCGACUGGUCUACUACUCGGACUUCGUACACGGGUGAAAAGCAGGCGGCUAUUCGCGGGAUCAAGAAGCAUAGAGAAUUCCGCGGCAGUGGAAUAGAUGCAGAACGUUGCAUUAAUCAAGUAGCGUCAUGCUACAUUGAUGACGCGCUGGGCCUGUACAUGAAGGGCUGCAGACUUUUGGACCUCAGUCCAGAAUUCGAAAGGGCAUAGGAAGAAGUGUCAUCCUCAAUCUCAUUUCAGAAGUUGUUGUACUUCUCUCAUUCUCAGUUAUUGUUGUACUUCUCUCAUACUCAUUCUCAUUCAUUGCAGACGUUCUUUAAGUGGCUGGCUUUGAAAACUAAAGAACCAUAUCGAUGUGAUACUGUGCCAGCGGAAUUUGCAUUUGCUUGUAGGCCCAGACUCCCAUUUUUCCACAGGAGAUGUUGACCAAAGUAGAUGGAUUCGCACACCUCGUGCUCGUGCCGCGCCGUUCACGCUCUCGGGAAAUUGUCGCAUUGAUGUCAUAGCUUUGAUUUAGGGUCCUCGCUCUAUGCAUAGUAAACUUCGUUAUCGUUUGCAGCUAAUUUGGGCCGUUGAUCUCUCACUUCUGUAGUGCUUGGCCGACUUAUUGACAGUAUAGGUGGUCAGCCUCAGGGCCGGAGGGACACUGACUUGAGCGUCGCAUGAGUGGGUGAGAGAGGAGUGUUCUAGAUCAAGGCAAUUGGGAUUGUUCUUCAUCAUUUCCCAUCAAUCGACAAGAAGAAGCAACGCAAAAGGGACUGCAGAAAUUCUACAAGCAAUUACUAUUCUAACUUAGAGUCAGAAAUCAGAGAGAGGUAAAGUAAGUCUAGUUGCACAAAAAGAUGCCGGCACUCGUAGCGAACACCAGCAACCUGGACCCUGCGGUGCUGAAAGAGCCCAAAAAGGCGGACAAGAAGUGCGCCGAGCGAGGUUGUAGAAAGAAAGCAGUUGCAGGAACCACGAAAUGCAAAGGCGCUUGCCGGUACUGAAUUACGUAGGGGUUUGAGCUACUGAGAUAGUAAGUUUUUAUGUUUUUAUUUUUUGCAUUCGGAUUCGGCUGACGGCUGUUGCUGUUCCUGUUUCGUGCACGAUAUUCUAGCAGUCUUUCAAGAGCAGCGUAACCCUGCAAGAAGAUCGCUGAUGCAGGAGUUUGACGAUAACAUAUUCCUGUUCCAAACAAUUGCGAAAAAGGUUUAAGUGCAGGACGAAGGGGUGCAGCAAGCUUGCGCGUCCUCUGAACACCAAGGGCACGAGCUACGACGAUUUCUGUGCAGACUGUGCUACAAACUCACCCUCGUGCAUCGACACUGCUUUUCCCACGACGUGCCUCCCGGUGUCCGACGACCAGAACGAUGAACAGGGUCUUCAUGUGCCGUUUCCGGGCUGGCACAACAGAUCCUGUGCGUCGUGCAAGUCUGUGAUGCAGCUGCCCGUGGGCGAUUUCCGCGCCAGGUGCCAGUCGUGCAUGUUCAUGACGGCCCACAGUUUCUGCAAGGAAAAGGUAUCAAAUGUAAAAAUGUCUGGGUCUGGAAGAGAGCCAGACUUGUCAUGCAGAUUUUACAUGACAUAUGACGUCUGUAAUGCAUAACCUUUCAAAUGCUUUUAUCGUUGUAACUCUCAUAACCUGGCAUCACAGAUUUUUAGUGGGCUUUCUGAUGCCUACCGCGCAUGAGAAAUACCCUCUCCAUGGAGCACAAACUGGACCCCUCUUGCUCGUUAUGCAAUACAGAUUUUUUUAGAAUGCAGAGACAGCAUCACAAGUUCCAAUCUUCCAGACCCAGACAUUUUUGCAUUUGAUAAAAGGGCUGCUUUAACAAGAUCACACAGUACCGGUACCAACUGGAUGCGGGCGAACCGACGUGGAAGUACUGUCCGGACCACCGUUACAACUACUGCCUGACGCCAGGGUGCUAUUGCAAGAAAAAAGUGUUAUUGUGGUAUACACAAAGUGUUGUUCGUGUUGCAUGACCGGCAAGACAAACGAGAUGGACAACCUUCGUCUUGCGAGCCUCGUUUCAUGCGUAUUUUCCUUUCUUAUCUUCGCUGCAAUGCAAGUUUGUCUCGUCUGAGUCUGUGUCUGUCGUGCAGAGAACGUUUGUGAUAUGCAGAGCUAGUUUGUGUUGCUGAAGCUGCAAAAAAUGUGUCACUUUAACACUUUUUUCUUGGGAUAGAGGCAAGACGGUGUGUCCGCAAAAUACCACCUGCGCCAAGUGUCUGACAAAAAAGUGGUACGAGCAGCUUAAUCAAGCAGCGCAGGAGUUUCGUAACUGUUCGAAAAAGCAGUCGUGGUAGACCUGCUGGGGGGCAGCGAUAGAGUAAGUAGCUAGAUUCACGAUUUUUUGAAAUGACCAUGAGGUUUUGACCUCGUUUGUAUACCUGAAAGUGGCAGUGUCAUGGAAUAGUGACUUGCAAUUCCCCGGGGCACUAUGAUCAAUGUCUUACACUCACACUGCUAAGAAGUCAGCCCGGGUAGAGCUACCAUUUCAAUUUUCCCGUGGUUUGUCGCAUGCUCUUACAAAAAUCUGAGUCAGAUUUCGGUCGAACCCUUUUCGUGAAGGUUCCGUUCCCUAGAAAUAAUAAACAGUUGCGGUCAGACUACCUGAUUCAUCGUAUUCCUCGAGUAUUGGUGAAGGCAUUGAUUUCCAUUGGUCUUUGUACAAUUCAAGAUAUGUCAACUUGUACCCAAUGCUGAUGCUGAACUGGUUUUGAUUUUCCUAUCCGACCUGGAUAUUUCAAGAGGCGCAGAGAAAAAUAAUUUGUUGGAUUCACAGCUUACAGUUACACGUUACAGAAGAAAGAGAAACACAAACGCGCAAAUAGAAAGAGCGUUGCUAGUGUUUUACUUCUGUCGUGGAACAAGAUCUGCUCUCGUAAUUUGAAGCGGUCUUUGACAGGCUCUUGCGCUCUCGAAUCGCAUGCGCGUCCAGAGAAAACUUGCUUACUCGAG